AUGGUUCGUUUCGUGGGUGAAGUUGAUGCAGUCGUGGGACCGAAGGCAAAGGUCAGUCCGAGACGCAGCGAAGGUCUAGUCGAUUGCACCGCAACCCGUCCCGCAGCGAGGGACCCCGAUUUCCUAGAUAUCCAGAUGCGUCCUUCCUCUGCUCAGGAUGUGCUGAAGUUUUCUAGUCGUAAAAUCGCUCGAGGGUCCGUCGUCGGCGAGAGAUGA